ACAGGAUCUUCAGCAACAUCAUUCUGGUCAGAAAAUGUCUGCUCUUGAAACACUCUUUAAAUACAUUGAUGAGCACCAGGACCUCUAUGUUCAGCGGCUGGCGCAGUGGGUGGCCAUUCAGAGCGUGUCAGCAUGGCCGGAGAAGAGGGCUGAAAUCAGACGCAUGAUGGAGGUUGCUGCGCAGGAUAUCGAGCGACUGGGAGGCACAACCCAGCUUGUGGAUAUUGGGAAACAAACGCUGCCUGAUGGAUCAGAGAUUCCUCUGCCGCCAAUUGUUCUGGGAACGCUUGGUUCAGACCCAUGCAAAAAGACUGUGUGUGUCUAUGGUCACCUGGAUGUUCAGCCAGCAGUGCUAGAGGAUGGCUGGGACAGUGAGCCCUUCACACUGGUAGAAAGAGAAGGAAAGUUGUAUGGGCGAGGAGCAACAGAUGAUAAAGGUCCAGUGCUUGCCUGGCUGAAUGCUUUAGAGGCUUAUCAGCAAACUAACCAGGAGUUUCCAGUCAAUGUUAAGUUUUGCCUAGAGGGUAUGGAAGAAUCAGGAUCUGAAGGCCUUGAUGAACUGAUUUUUGCUCAGCGGGAUACUUUUUUCAAAGAUGUGGAUUAUGUUUGCAUUUCUGACAACUACUGGCUAGGCAAGAAGAAGCCUUGUAUCACCUAUGGCUUGAGAGGUGUCUGCUACUACUUUAUAGAGGUGGAAUGUAGUGACAAAGACCUUCACUCUGGAGUUUAUGGUGGCUCAGUACAUGAGGCCAUGACAGAUCUCAUUACUCUAAUGGGUUCUCUUAUAGACAAGAAAGGGAAAAUCCUCAUUCCAGGCAUUAAUGAAGCGGUGGCACCACUUACUGAUGAGGAGCUGGCACUGUAUGAGAAGAUUGAUUUUGACCUAGAUGAAUAUGCAAAAGAUGUAGGAGCAACAAAACUACUGCAUGAUACAAAGAAAGAUAUCCUUAUGCAUAGGUGGAGAUACCCUUCCUUGUCUCUCCAUGGGAUUGAAGGAGCCUUCUCAGCCCCUGGAGCCAAGACUGUGAUUCCUAGGAAAGUGAUUGGCAAGUUCUCAAUCCGGAUUGUACCAAACAUGACUCCUGAAGAAGUCACAAAGCAUGUUGAAGACUAUGUGAGCAAGAAGUUUGCAGAGCUGCAGAGCCCCAACAAAUUCAGAGUAUACUUAGGCCAUGGUGGAAAACCCUGGGUGUCAGACUUCAACCAUCCCCACUAUGUGGCUGGUCGGAGGGCCAUGAAGACAGUUUUUGAAGUUGAACCAGACCUGACAAGGGAAGGAGGAAGCAUUCCAGUUACCCUUACUUUUCAAGAAGCAACAGGCAAGAAUGUCAUGCUGCUUCCUGUUGGAGCUGCAGAUGAUGGAGCCCACUCUCAAAAUGAGAAGCUAAAUAGGUACAACUACAUUCAGGGGGUGAAGAUGCUUGGUGCGUACCUCUAUGAAGUCUCCCAGCUGAAGGACUAAGUUAUGACACCUUACCUUCUGGUGUGUGGAUCGGAAGUCUGAAUUUUCUUAUAAGGUCUUGCCAAUUGCCAAGUCUUAAGUGGCUCCCCUGACGCUCCACUGCUUUGGUGGAGGAGAGGGAAGCAUGCAAUUCCACUUGACAAAAGAUUCUAUACCAAAAAUAAUACUUUAAAAAUGCUUACUUCAAAUGACACAGACUAUUCUUUAUCUGGCCAGCAGUCUUGAACUGCAUCUUUUUCCCCUCUGUAUCACUUCAGAGUUGUGGUUUGCUGUAUUCAUCUAUUUUUUCCUGUAAAGCAGGAGGAACAGUUAGCUCUCAGGUGUUUAAGCAGCCACAUCAGUUCCAGAAGUGUCAGCCAGGUUUAAGAUUCUUAUUCCUGGAUAUGUCCUGGAAGUAGUCAAGGUGACAGAUUAUGGGGCUAUACUGGAACAUGUUCAAGCUGUAGGGAGGCAUCUGUCUUGCUGAGUGUUUUGGAGGAGCAGUUUGUCUCUCGCAGUUUAUACUUGCCUGCAGGUUUCACUUUUUAGUGAAUUAGAUAAUAACGAAAUUCACUGUGGUGAUAACUACUGGCCAUCUUUUUGUAAAGCUGCCUUUGUAUUUCUUAAAGAGGACAAUAAAUGAUCAUGCUCUAGAA